GUGGUCUCCGCUACGUCACAUCCGGCCCUUGAUAUUCGGGGUUGUGGCUCACGCGCGAUGAAGUGCGUGUUUGUUACUGUAGGGACCACCAGCUUUGACGACCUUAUUGCAUGUGUAUCGGCGCACGACAGUUUGCAAAUAAUCCAGAGCCUCGGUUACAACCGACUUGUCCUACAAAUAGGUAGAGGAAAGGUGGUACCUGAACCAUUCAGUACAGAGUCAUUUAUUCUGGAUGUUUACAGAUACAAGGAUUCAUUGCAAGAAGACCUUCAGAAAGCAGAUCUUGUUAUUAGUCACGCCGGUGCAGGAAGCUGUUUGGAGACUCUGGAAAAAAGAAAGCCACUCAUAGUGGUUAUAAAUGAAAAGUUGAUGAACAAUCAUCAGCUGGAAUUGGCAAAGCAGCUACACAAAGACGGGCAUCUCUUUUACUGUACCUGCAGCCAGCCCUUUGCUUCUCCUGCUCCUGAGAAGUACCAAGAUUCUGCAGCGCUGACUCCAACUGCCUUCUCAUGCCUAGACUUUGGGCUGCUUUCUGGAUACCUGCAUAAGCAAGCCCUGUCACUGCUAUCCAUUCCUACCUGCAUCCUGCUUUUUCCUUCUUGCCACACCUGUGUUACUUUCUCCCCCUCCCCAACUCCACCCCCUGUGCAAAUGCAUAAAGGAUGGAAAAAGUACUGCGGCCAGAAGUCUCUGAAUGAGGCAUCAAUGGAUGAAUAUUUAGGCAGCUUAGGGCUGUUUCGAAAGCUGACUGCCAAGGAUGCCAGUUGCCUCUUUCGGGCCAUUUCGGAGCAGUUGUUUUGCAGCCAGGUCCAUCACUUGGAAAUCAGGAAGGCUUGUGUCUCAUAUAUGAGAGAAAAUCAACAAACUUUUGAGUCUUAUGUGGAGGGAUCUUUUGAGAAAUACCUGGAACGGUUGGGAGAUCCCAAGGAAAGUGCUGGCCAUCUGGAAAUAAGAGCUCUUUCUCUAAUUUAUAAUCGGGAUUUCAUUCUUUAUCGCUAUCCUGGCAGGCCUCCAACUCAUGUCACAGAUAAUGGCUAUGAAGACAAGAUUCUACUCUGCUAUUCAAGUAAUGGUCAUUAUGAUUCAGUGUACUCGAAACAAUUUCAGUCAAGUGCAGCUGUUUGUCAAGCUGUAUUAUAUGAAAUUCUCUAUAAAGAUGUGUUUGUUGUGGAUGAAGAAGAGUUGAAGACUGCAGUAGAGUUGUUUCGAAGUGGUUCCAAGAAGAACAGGAACAAUGCUGUGACUAGCAGUGGGGAUGUCCAUAUUGACUACAAGAGUUCAACUCAGGAUAGGACUGAAGAGUGGGGUGCCUGCUGCAAUGUUGAAAAUAUACCAGAGGGGUACAAUCAAGGAAAAGAAGAAGCAAAGUCUCCAGAAAAUCCAUCAAAGAUGCUCUUCCCUUAUAAGGUGCUCAAAGCCCUGGAUCCAGAAAUCUAUCGUAAUGUAGAAUUUGAUGUUUGGCUGGACAGCAGAAAAGAACUUCAAAAAUCUGAUUAUAUGGAGUAUGCUGGGAGACAGUACUAUUUGGGAGACAAAUGUCAGGUUCACUUGGAAUCAGGUGGAAGAUAUUAUAAUGCUCAUAUUCAGGAAGUUGGAAAUGAAAGCAAUUCUGUAACAGUCUUCAUUGAAGAAUUGGCAGAAAAGCAUGUUGUUCCACUGGCUAACUUAAAACCAGUUACCCAAGUGACACCUGUUCCUGCCUGUAAUGUUACACCCAGUAGGAAAGGAAGAGGUUACCAGAAAAUUUCCUGGAGCUGUGUCCCAGAAAUGGCUAUGUCAGAGAUGGACAUGAAGCAACGGAGGAAGACGUUCAAGAAAAUUAGAGGGAAAGAGGUUUAUAUGACUAUGGCUUACAGCAGGGGAGACCCCGUCCUCCCACCCAGGCUUCAGCACAGUAUGCGUUAUGGGCGUGACUCUCCAAUGAACUACUCACAGACAGCUGGCGGUGUUACAUCUAAUGAACAUUUUCAUCCUCAACAUUCAUCUCAGGGACAAGGUCGGGGAUAUGGGAUGCCCAGGGAUUCACCUCGCUUUAUAAACAGGCACAACAUGUCAAGCCCUAAAGUUGGUUUUUACCCUGGCCCGGGUAAAAGGUACUGCCAGAGCUAUGAUAACUUCUCCUAUAGAUCUCGUUCCUUUAGACGUAGUCACCGCCAGAUGCAUUGUAUGAAUAAGGAGUGCCAGUUUAGUUUUGUUCCAGAGAAUGGACAGAUGCCCAGGGGCUUGGAAGAAACCAUUACUUUUUAUGAAGUUGAAGAAGGGGAUGAGACUGCUUAUCCAACUUUACAUAAUCAUGGAGGGCCCUCUACAAUGGUUCCUGCUACUUCGAGAUACCAUGUUACAAGGCAAGGACAUAGCUCAGGCAAACAGACUCUGAAUUCAGAGGAAGGUGAUGACCAGAGUGACAAUGGGGGAUAUCAUGAAGAAUAUAUUUAUCCUUCAGAACAAGACUAUGAAACUUCAGGUGUUUACAGCACAACUGAAUCUACAGCAAACUUGUCUCUUCAGGAUAGAAGACCAUGUUCUAUGUCUCCUCACGAUACAGUUACCUCAUACAACUACCCCCAGAAGGUGGUGAUGGUAAAUUCUGCAGCAGUUGCAGCUUCCUGUGCAAAUAUUGUUCCAGCUCCAGUCUUACCUAACUGUGCAGCAGCUAAUCAAGCUAGUAGUACCACUUCAACUUCCUCACAGAAUGCUAUACAGCCUCUAUUUGUAUCUCCGCCUACACAAGGCAGACCAGUGAUUGCUUCAGCAUCCUAUCCAUACCUGGCUGCUCCUGUUCCCGCUGCUGCUGCCUCUCUACCACCUCCACCUCCUCCACCACCACCUCCUCCUCCUCCUUCUCUUGAGGUGAGAGAGGCUUCAAACUUACCAUCACUGCCUCCUCCUUACUCCUGUGAUCCACGUGGCAAUGAUCUGCCUCAAGAUGCAAAAGUUUUGCAGUACUAUUUCAAUCUGGGAUUGCAGUGCUAUCACCACAGCUUGUGGCACUCCAUGGUCUGUGUGCCACAGAUGCAGCAGCAGCAGCAGCUUCAUGUAGAGAAUUAUCCAGUCUAUACUGAGCCGCCACCUCUGAUGAAUCAAACCACUCCUCAGUUACACAGUGAGGUGGGGGGACAAGAUGGCACACAGGAAGAUGUAUCAGCACAUGAUACUUUUCCAAAUGCUGAUCCUGCAUCUGUCCCUCAUGGAGCAUUCUAUUAUCCAGUGAUGUCAGAUCCCUAUGGGCAGCGACCUUUGCCAGGUUUUGAUUCCUGCCUUCCUGUUGUGCCAGAUUAUCCCUGUGUUGCCCCCUGGCAUCCAGUCGGUGCAGCAUAUGUUGGUUCUCAAAUUCGUGGUUGUAUGAGUCCUGGGCCACUUGCCUAUAUUGCUUCACCUCCCUCACCUUCUCAUUAUGUACCUCAGAAUAUGUAAGAUUCAGCAGUACGAUGUGUUCUUGCACUGCCAUUUUUCUUGUUGUUUGGUUUUUAAAAAGUGUUUUAUGUUAGUGUUUAAGUGAUUUAGAGUGGUUACUAUUGUAUCUAUCUUUAAGAUUAUUUUAUCUUUUGAUUUAAAAUAGUACUUUAAAAUAAAGGAAUAUUUCUUUGGGUUGUGAACAAGGACAUUGAGAUGGAUGUACAACUAGCCCCAUAUUUGAGCAUAUUUCAUUGUAUUCAGCUGUUUUCCUGUCGGCCAGCUUGUCAACUUUGUAUUAGCUGAUGGUAUCAGUUGAUAAAUGGAGUAAAUCUUACAAACUGUUGCCUUGGUUCAGAUGUCACACAUCAUAUUAAACCAUGCAAAAUUGGAAAAACUUCUACUUUUUCCUAGACAAUGAAAGAACAAAACCAAGAGCAUUUGCUUCUGAGUAACUAGCUUAAUAUUAAGUGAGAGUGCUCUUCAGGUUUCUUAAGAAUUGUCUGAACUGAGUUGUGUUCUAUGAUAUUAAUCAGUUCUGAAGGCAAAUGGUGCUCUGCUUUAGAUUUAUCCCAUGUGCUGUUGUUUAAUAUUAGAUUUAUGUAACCAUUUUCCUGCACAGUAUUGAUGUCCUUUGCACAUUUAGCAGUAAAUAAAAAUUAGCAUUUAAAAUUGCUAAAAUGAGUGAGAUUUUCGUUUGCUUUUUCAUGACAGCAGAGUACCAGACAUUUGAUUGUUCCCAUAUGUUUUCCCCCUAGUAUUUUGGUUGCCAGAAAAUGUGAAUUUAUAGCAUGAAUUGGCAGGGUCAGUUGAAAUGUUAUUUAAUCUCAAGACAUUGCAGUGCAUACUACCAUAUCCAGUUCUUUUCCCUUGAGAAUGUGCCUUUAAGUUGUGUUUC